AUGUUUCCUAAUGCACCACCCACUGGACCUACUCGACCAACUUUACCAGCAGCAUCUCCAGUUUCCAAGUGGAAUGUAAUACUUUAUCGAAAAGCAGAGCCUAUUCAAACAUCACAUUCAUAUGACUCAACUCAAAUCUAUGGAUCAUUUUAUAUUCAACUAGAACAUCAAGCAUCUUCAUCAUCACCAGGUCGCUCGGAUGUACUUUAUUUACGAUAUCAACCCCAACAACAAAAGAAUACCGUUGAUUCAUAUACACUUCCAUUUACAAUAAGUCAAGUGAGUAAUGAAGAUUUAUCACCAGACAAAGUACCAUUAGCAUCAUCGAUAUCAUCAUCAUCAACAUCAUCAAAAUUCUAUAAUUCUGAACAACAAACUGUUCGAAUUAAUGGACAAUCCAAUAAUCCGUAUACAUUACUUCUUCGUUGUAAAGCAUUUCUUGGUGUAUUGGUACUUAAUAGUUCUACAAAUAGUACCUCUGCUAAUACUGCUGGUAUCAGUCGUCCAUAUAUGAUUUUUGUAACUGAAGAUAUAUAUAUAGGACAAUUAUUUGAUGCUCAAAUAUAUCGUAUUUCACAAAUUGCAACUAUUUCUUUACGAGAUAAUCCAGAAGAUGAAGUUCAUGUUGCUGGAAUAAAAAAAUUAUUCCAAGGAAGAUGUUUUUAUUAUUCCGCAGCUUGUAAACCUGAAACUAGUAAUAAUAAACGCUAUUUUAAUAAACCUUAUGAUAUAACAUUAUGUGCUCAAAGAAUGGUACAAGGACAAGAUUCUGAUAUACGAUUUUUUUGGAAUCGUGGUUUGUGUUUACCAUUCUUAAAAUAUAAUAUUGAUAUUCGUUAUUGGAUACCAAAACUACUAUGUGGUGGAAUUGAAAAACAUCAAACUGGUGAUAUUGAUCUAUGGUUAAUAUCAAGAUUAAGUUGUGAACGAGCUGGUACUAGAUUUAAUGUUCGUGGUGUUAAUGAUGAUGGUGCUGUAGCAAAUUUUGUUGAAACAGAACAAAUUGUUCUUCUUCCACGACAAAGUAGUUAUUCUUCAUUUGUUAUUGUUCGUGGUUCCAUUCCACUCUUUUGGCAUCAACCACGCUAUCAGGUUGGUACUCAUCGUAUAACAAUACCACGUAGUGAAGUUCUUAGUUUUAAAGCUUUUUUUGAACAUUUUAAACAUCUCUAUCGUCAUUAUGGUCGUGUAUUGAUAAUAAAUUUAAUUGAAAAAAGUGAAAAUGAGAAACGUAUUGGAGAAGAAUAUCAAAAUUUAUUUAAUUUACUUGUUAAAACAUAUAAACAAGUCCAACAAAAUCAAAAACCAUGUCUUGGUCAUUUAAAUGAACGAGAUUUUAUUUGGUUUGAUUAUCAUGGACAAUCACGUACAAUUAAAAAUUUUACACCUGAACAAUUUGUUCGACAAAUGUUAAUUCAAAAUGCGCAAUAUUCAAUUGAACAAGCAUUACAACAGCAAAGUACAUUUACAUAUGUUGAUAAUACAACACAAAGUUUACAACAAGGAAUUUUUCGUAUUAAUUGUAUUGAUUGUCUUGAUAGAACAAAUAAUGUACAAUUAACAAUUGGUUUAAGUGUUUUAUCUAUGCAAUUAGAAAGUUUAAAAAAAAAUAUUAAUUCAAAUAGUUUAUUUGAUCAAUUAAAAGACGUGUGGAUUAAUAAUGGAGAUCAUAUUAGUAGAAUUUAUACUGGUACUGGUGCAUUAGGACAAAGGAGUAUAGCAAAAGAUAUUCAACGUAGUGUUGGUCGUGCAAUACAAAAUAAUUUACGUGAUGAUGAAAAACAACAAUCAAUGCAAACAUUAAUUUAUACAUAUGCAAAAGAUUCCUAUUUACAUGAACGUUCGGUUGCUGCACUUUUAACACCUUAUGUUAUAUCUGAUGGUAUUAUUUUAAGUGAAAUGUUUAGAAUUCGCCGAAAUUAUAUUAAAAAAGAAGAAAUUCGUAUAUCAACUGGUACAUGGAAUAUUAAUGGAGAUAAAGAUCCAGAGUUAGUCCAAAGUAUUUUUCCAUCAAUACUUGACGCUUGGAUUCUUGAUGGACCAGAAAAUAUAUCAUCAAAAACAAGAAAAAAAAAUAGCAUUCCUACAAUAGGAGAGGUAGCUAGUGAUUAUACAAAAACUAUGCCAAGUAUAUUAGCAAUUGGAUUUCAAGAAAUCUGUGAUCUAACAGCAACGAAUAUGGUUUGGCAAAGUUCUGCUAAUGCAAAUCGUUGGGUUAAUAACGUGCAAAAACAUUUUAAACAAGCGUAUCCUAAUGAUGAAUAUAUUCUACUGGGUCAUGAUCAGCUUGUUGGAGUUUGUUUAGCAGUAUUUAUUCGACGAGAUCUUGCACCAUUUGUCAAAAAUAUUGCUGUUGACUCAGUUAAAACUGGAAUGGGUGGCAAGUUAGGCAAUAAAGGAUGUGUUGCUAUUCGUCUAGUUUUACAUAAUACUUCAAUCUGUUUUAUUUGUGCUCAUUUUACAGCUGGACAAAAUGAAUCCAAUGAACGUAAUAAAGAUUAUAAAACAAUUCUGGAAAAACUUUCUUUUCAACCACCAUCACGAGCUUUAUGGCAUGAUCAUAUAUUUUUCCUUGGUGAUUUUAAUUAUCGGUUAACAAUUUCACGUACACAAGUUGAAAGUUUAGUUCGAAGUGAAAGUUAUAAAAAAUUACUCGAAUAUGAUCAAUUAAAAACUGAAUAUGGCGAAGGACGAGUCUUUCGAGAAUUUACUGAAGGUCAAAUAACCUUUCCUCCAACUUAUAAAUAUGAUGUUGGUUCUGAUGUAUACGAUACAAGUGAGAAAGCUCGUACACCAUCAUAUACAGAUCGUAUACUUUGGCGUAGUAUACUUCCUGAUGUUCGAACAAAACAAUUAUAUUAUGGACGUGCUGAAGUGAAAACAUCUGACCAUCGUCCUGUAGGUUCAAUGUUUGAUGUUGAAAUUGAGAAAUGUGAUGAAAUAAGAAUGCAUCAAGAAUAUGUCAAUAUAUAUAAAAGAUUUGCACCAUCAAAUGCAGUUAUUAUUUAUGAUAUGCGUCCUGAAUUAAGUCAUAAAAAAAAUCAAUUAAUUGAAGAAUUUGAUUCAUAUGUGAAAAGAAAAUAUGGAUUAGAUAUACCAAUUAUUGAUAGAUUUUUUACAUCAAAUCCAAGAUGUCUUUCAUUACAUAUGUUCUUUGAAAAUGGAGCAUAUGCUCGGAAAGUUAUGGAACCAAUAGAAGAUCAACUUCCUAGUGGAGUUUACUUUAGUAAACGUUUAUUAAAUUUAAAUGAAGAUAUUGAUUUAGCUCUAAAAUUAAAUCUACUUUUUGCUGAUGCAGAUGAAACAAUGUAUCCAGAAUCUACUGCUUAUGAACUUGGUAACUAUCAACAACCAGCUCAUGAAUCACUUUCAUCAGCUCAAGAUGUUACAAUACCUGUCGCUCGAACUCUAUCCGAUAUGAUAAUAUUAAAUUCGAUCAACAAUAUAUCUCCUCUAUUACAUAUAACAACUUUUGAUCCAUUGUAUUUAACUGGCAUUCCUAAUGACGAAUCAUUGACAAAUUCAUCAUCUGAAAUUCUUAAAAAUGAUGAAUAUGAACAACAAAAAGAAGAAGAGCUUGAAAGUUUUCAAUUGACUAACAAUGUUCGACAAACAUUUGAACAACAACAACAAUGUAGUCCUGAAAAUAUUAGUCUUAAUGAUUCUGAUGAAACAGAUAGUGUUUCAUCAGAUAGCUCUGAGAUAAACGACCAUGGUUUAGGACCUGUAAAACUCUAUUUAAAAGAACGAUUUAGUACACGACCAAAAUAUCGUUAUAAAAAAUUAAGACAAACACAUAUGAAAAAACAUGGAAUACCAAUUAAUUAUGGAAAUAUUCAAACAAAAGAAAUUAAACAUUCAUUAAAACAUGAAAAACUUCAAAGAAAAUAUACUGAAGAACCAUCUAGCUAUUUAACAAAUAUGAUGGAAGAUGUGCCUAAAUCUAUAUCUUUCCUAUCAUUAGAUCCUCAACAUCCGGUUUCGCCAAUAACAACGAAUGAACAUAGACGAAGAUCGAAACCAAGAUUGUAUAGAGUUAGAAAUAAAUUUCACAAUUCAUUGAAACGAACUAAAAAACAACCAAAUUAUAUAAUUACUAAGAAAGAACAAACAGAAGUAGUCAGCAAUGAUAUUGUUAAUGAUGAAUUGGUACCGCCGAAUAUAAAUGAGAUAGGUGAAGAUCCUCGACGAAGUCCAGUUAGUGAAUUAAUUUCAUUUGAUUCCGGACAUCACAGUAUUUCAAGUAACUCUUUAUCUAGUAGCAAUAAUACAUUAUUUAAUGAAAAUGCUUUUGAUCCAUUUCAUUUUUCUGCCAAAUCAACAUCAAAUACUUCUAAUACAGAUACUGAUAGUCUAUUUUCAUUUGAUGAUAAACCACCAUCAACUAGUUCGAAUUUUUAUAUCGAUCCAUUCAAUACUGCUGUUGCACCAACUCGUCAAAAUGAUUCACCCUUAACUGCGUCUUCUACAUCUUCAGCAAAUUAUACUCAAAAUCCAUUUUCUUAUCAACAACAACAACCAGCUCAAUUUGUGCCUAGUCGACCACCACCACCAGUACCUCGCCCUACUGUUGCUACUGCUGUUCCUUUUACUAAUAAUGCUAUUCAACGACCAUUGACAUUAGAACAUCUUAAUUUACAUUCGAAUAAUAAUAAUAAAUUCAAUGACAUACCAACUGAUUUACUUGAUUUAGGAGAUCCAGGUUCUCCACCUCCUAGUCCAAAAUUUGAUCCCUAUGGUUGA